AUGUCUGCCCCCAACGCCGGUCGCCAGUCUCCCGACCCCGAGCGCCAGUCUGGUGCUCAAGCCGGUCAGAUCUCCGACAACGUCAACCAGCAGGGCGCUGGACCCAAGGAGGGCGCCGAGAAGUCCAGUGACAAUACUAAGGACACCCUGAGCUCAAACCCCGAACACCCACUCAAGGAGCACAGCGAGGAAACCACUAGCAAGAAGGUUUAA